AUGGAAAAGUUUUCGACAUGGAGAGAUAAGGCAACGGGUAUUUCCCCCUUUAUGCCACAGCAAUUUCCUAUUUCACAGAAAAAACCAGGCAAAACAAGUAGAACAAGUACCUCAACCAGUUUCAACUUCAAAUUCAACUUUACCAAUGGUUUCAACAAAUUCAUUCUCAUAAUCAUUAGACUCCCCAUCUUUAUCCUAAAAUUCCCACUUUUUGCCAUCACCUCCAUACUAUACAGCAUAACUGGCCUCCGUUUCCUCCUUAGUUUCACAUUUUACUUCCUCUUUGGGUUCCAACCAAUAGAUUUCACCGUUGAUGGAAUCAAGAGAUCACAGGUGUCCAAGCUCGAGCCAUUUAGACCACAACGCGGCGACUUGAUUGUGACAAACUACAUAUCUCCAUUAGAUGGGUUUAUAAUGAGCUUGCUAACCAAAGGCAGCGGUGUAGUGAUUUUAAUACCUGAUAAAAAUGGAAUUCUAUACAAAUAUACACCUUGGACAUUGGUCAACCACUGUUUUGGCCAGGUUCAAGGUGAAAUAGUUGGAAGCAAUGAUGAAUUGAGUAAAUUAAGAAAAAGGAACGCCAUUUUCUUGCUUUUGGAAGGAACAACAUCCAACAAUACCGCCAUCUUGCCAUUCAUCAAAUUAGACCCCAAGUAUAAAUUCGAAGAUUUCCAAAUCAAGACUUUGGUGAUGAAGUUGUUUCCGCAAUAUUACACAUUACCCAUUUCCAAUGUGGCUAGUCUGUAUUAUUUAUUCGAAUUAUUGACAGACUUGACAAGCACCAAAUCUGUCAGAUGCAAGAUUUACAAGUUCCAAGAGGGAGAUGACAAUAAGAAUAAUGAUGAUGAUGGCGAUGAUCAUGCAUUAAACAGUAGAGGAGGAUUGAAGCUGGCAACUUUAAGGAAAAGCUUUGAGUUGAACUCAUUGAAUGCUGUUGGAGAUGAGUUGAGCGUGGAUGCAAAGAAUCGCUUUAUUAGCUACUAUUUCAACCAUGACGUGGGAAAGUAG